GCGCAGACUAGAGCUACCUCCCUCUCACAACAUAAAGGCAACAUUCAAAGCAACAAACUAGCAGCUCAUGGCAUGGAGGAGCCGUCGGGCAGCUGCAGCCAUCUGAUCCGUGCAAGCCUUGAUGGAUGAGCGGCAGAUCACGGUCCGAGCCCAGUGAUCAUCGAAGCCGAACUGAAAGCCUCGUUUCUCCGCCCGAGUGUUGUCCUCUCCCCCCCUCUUUCCUCUCUCUCUCCCCCGUCUCUUCUGAAAUCUGACUUUUACAUCAUCGCCUUUUUUUUUUCCACUCCACUUCUGGAUGGCAGACUCGGGCUAAUUUGCCUGCGUGUUACGCAGUCAAACAGUGACAAAAGGAAAACAGACAGACAGAGAGGUUGAGCUCAUCCUGCAGCUCUUCAGAUGUCUUCUUAAACUUUGAGCGAGAGGGACACGAACCCUGAAGCCCCCGCUGCUUGCUCUACACGAGGGACAAACACACGUCUCCGCUAUCUUCCACUUGGUGAAAAAAGGACGCGUCUCGGUGAAGAGGGAUCGUGGAAGUGACGGAAAUCAUGGCAGCUACUUUAUCAGCAGACGAGGAGCAGGCGACCAGGCAGUUUCUGGAGGAAAUCAACAAGUGGACUAGUCAGCAUGGAGUGUCACCGCUGUCCAGAGAGUUGGCCGUCAAGUUCCUCAUGGCUCGCAAAUUCGAUGUCCUCCGAGCCAUCGAGCUAUUCCACAGCUACAGGGAAACGCGUCUCAAAGAAGGAAUCGUCAGACUUCAGCCUCACGAGGAGCCUCUGCGCUCAGAGCUGCUCAGUGGAAAGUUUACUGUGUUGAGUGUGCGGGACCCUUCAGGAGCUUCCAUUGCCUUGUAUACAGCUAAACUUCACCACCCCAACAAGACAGGUAACCACGUGGUGCUUCAGGCCCUCUUCUACCUCCUGGAUCGGGCCGUGGAAAGCUUUGAGACCCAGAGGAAUGGCUUGGUGUUCAUCUAUGACAUGGCCGGCUCCAACUACACAAAUUUCGAGCUGGACCUGAGCAAGAAGAUUCUCAACUUACUCAAGGGGGCAUUCCCCGCCAGGCUGAAGAAAGUGCUGAUCGUCGGGGCUCCUGUUUGGUUUCGAGUGCCCUACAAUCUGCUCAGUCUGCUGCUCAAAGAGAAACUCAGGGAGAGGGUUCAGAUGGUAAAAAUGGCAGAGCUGCGUCAACACCUCCCCAGAGACUGUCUCCCCCAGCACCUUGGCGGUCUGCUGCCUCUGGACGCGUACAGCUGGAACCAGCAGCUGCUGGCGGGCCAGAACGGCAGCGUAGACCCCGUGGAUGAGCUGGUGGCCAUUCCUUUGGAGGACACCUCCAUUCACAUCCCCGGGCCCGAGUCCAUGCGCCCGCAGGAACUGCUGACACACCUCGGCAGGCUCCAGCGCUCGGGCAUCCAUCAGGAGUAUGACGAGCUCCGCAAAGAACUGCCACCUGGAACCUUCCACUGUGCACAAGCAGCCUGCAAUCAGGAAAGGAAUCGCUAUGGAGACGUGCUGUGCCUUGAUCAAACAAGAGUUCGUUUGAAACCCAGACGGAAUGAGAGAUCGGACUACAUCAAUGCAAGCUUCAUGGAUGGCUACAAGCAGAAGAAUGCAUACGUUGGUACUCAAGGACCACUGGAAAAGACCUAUGGGGAUUUCUGGAGAAUGGUUUGGGAGCAAAAUGUGCUAGUUAUUGUCAUGACUACCAGGACGGACGAGGGCAGUCGGAGGAAAUGUGGACAGUAUUGGCCGUUGGAUGAAGGGGGACAAGAGGUGUACGGCCACAUGGCAGUGGUGAACCAAAGGGUGGACCACCACACCCACUACAACCACACAACCCUUGAACUGCACAACACUGAGACGUGUGAACAGAGACACGUGAGUCACUUCCAGUACCUCAGCUGGCCGGAUUAUGGCGUUCCCACCUCAGCUGUGACUCUCAUCGACUUCCUGGGAGCCGUGAAGAAACAACAGAGGAAAAUGGUGAAGGCUCUGGGACCUCAGUGGACCGGCCACCCACUGGGACCCCCAAUGGUGGUCCACUGCAGUGCAGGGAUUGGAAGAACAGGUACCUUCUGUGCCCUGGACAUCUGUCUGUCCCAGCUACAGGACGUGGGCUCACUUAAUGUGUGCCAGACCGUGCGGCGCAUGCGAACACAGCGAGCCUUCAGCAUUCAAACCCCAGACCAGUACUACUUCUGCUACAAUGCCAUCUUGGAGCACGCCCAGAGACAGGGUCUGCUCCCUGCCAAUCAGUGAGCCGCAGCGACCAACCCCUCGCCCCCCACCCCCCCGACUUCCACAACCAACCCAUGAGCCCCGAGCUUUCUGUGGUCAACCUGUUAACCCCACGCCGUCUUAUGUGACCAAUUAGUGACUCCAGGAAAGAAGCUGUCAUAUGAAACUUAAGCCAUUCUUCACUGGCCAGACCAAGACAUGAUACCAACAAUAUAACGCUCUACUGCUGAAAUUGUGAUGUUUCACUGUGAUAACAUUCUGUCCGCCAACAAUGUGACAUUUUGUUUUUGCUGAACAUUUCUCAGAAAAUGAUGUGGCAGAGUGAACACACUGCUCCAGUGCCGAUGUUUGGCCUGUGGUCAGGGACACUGGGUGAAAUGAUCGAGGUAAUGCUCAUUAGCCUUAUGUUUAUAUAUUCCCCACUCUUUUAAGUAUUGUUUAAGGACCUUUUGUGUAAAGGUGUAGUACACCCCCAAAAUCAGUAAUUAACCCUCUGUCCCACUUCAUUUAAAGCUCCACUGAUGUUUUUAUGAGUGCAGAACAAGAAGUCGGCGUCAACAUGGCCGUGUCACAACUGCUGUAGAAAGGUUUUGUUGCUCAAUUUCCCUUCUGCACAAGUGCUUUUUGUACACAAAUAAUGUUAUGGAGAGGGUUUUAGUUCAUUGCAAAGUCCAAUUUUCCAUAACUGAAAUACUCUUUCAAAAAGCUACAGUAGGAGAGUUUUUCCUGUCUCCAGUAAACGUUGCCUUCACUGCAGGGGGAUUUUUUUUUAGCAGAUGGUCUCGUGGAUGGUACGAACUUGUUCUGCGUCUGUCAUUCUGAACACGAGGAGGUGAAACUACCCGAGGUGUCACUAGAUGACAGUAUGGAGGCCUGAAGAACAUCCAAAAAUGACCAGACUUACAGUAUACACUCCCCCAAAAAUGGCUGUUAUGUCCUGUCUGUGAUCACUCAUUAAACUGCUGUCCAUGUGAUUCCAUCUUCAGGGUUUUGUUUUGUUGUUUCCCCCCAGUAUAUCCACUGAAACACAGAUCCCUGCCCUCUCACUGAAACCUGGAGACUUUGUGAUUGGCAGCACAGACAGUGACCAGUGUCUUUGGUUCGCAUUGCCGUCAGGUUUUAGUGAAAGUAGGAAUGUAUUACACAACCACACCUGCCAUACGUACACACAUACACCCUUGUUUAGAGCAGUCCAUGCUGCAGUGUCAUCACUUAAGACCUCAUGAAUAGUGCAAUACUUUUCUUUCUUUCUUUCUUUCUUUUUUUUUUUUUUUACACAAGUCAUGUUUUAGCACUUUUAAGUAACUAUUCCCAGUGUGCUCUGAAAUGAGUCAUUACAGUGGCUGUUAAGGAUGGGAUGACAAAUCUUGAUAGUAAUCCCCUAGGUCUUCAUGUGUUGCUGGGAUAACUUGAUUGUUGUUAAAUUUAGCAAUGCUUAAAAAUAUUUGGUAACACACCUUUUCUUUGGACUCACUGUAAACGUCUGCAUAAAGCUUCAUUAAGACAGAUCAAGAGGAUUUUACAGGGAAAACCAAAAUGAAUGACUAAUAGCUGAAAAACAUGCACAAAUGUGUGCCUAUACAUACACCCUACAAAGUCCUUCUUGUGCACUUGAGAGUCAGAAAUGUAGUCAGUUAUAUUUACAAUAUUAUUAUUAUUAUUAUUGUUAUUGUGUUACUAUUCAUAAGUUCAUCUGACUGUGGUGGUAAUCAGUGCUUUCAUCUGGUCCCAGUGUCUUGCCAUGAUUAUCGAGUAAGUGUACAAGUACUGAGUGUUUGUGAGUGUGUAUCAUAUUUUGCAUUAUGUUGUUGCCGGGUGAAAAAUGUGUUCUUUGCUACAGAAUUCAUAUUGAAUUUUGCUUGUAGUGAAGCGAUUCUUAAGUCUGCCGUCUGAUUUUUAGAAUUCUGUUUCCUUUCUGUGACAGAUGCAAAAUGUGCCCCCGUUUUAUUUUUCUAUUGUAUUCAACAACCGUUUUCAUACAGUUACCCAGGAUUAUACAGUUAUCUACUUUAAUUUUAUAUUUGUUCUGUUAUAACCUAUGACUUUAUCAUUUGUAUGAAUAUUAAAUCAAGCUAUACUGUAAUAAAUACAAACCAUGUCAAUGUG